AUGGAAAACCAACGCAUAGUGGAGAGCUUUGGAGAUCACACGUACCAAUUGAAGUGGAUGCUACCAGGAGGUCUGGCAGUCUCCAAGUUCCCUCUGCUUCUUCGCCCCCUCAGCUCACGCCUAUCAUCCUCCCCCAGACCAUCCAAGUCCGAGUACCUCCUUAUCCAUCCAGUCAUCCCUCCUCUUAUUGCUCCUACCUCCCUGCAACCUUCAUCUUCCUCUCGCGUCUGCUCCAUCCCGCUUCCUUCCUUCAUCACCUCUCUCCCCUUCACCGCUUCCUUUCAUCCUCUUCUUUCGUCCUUUGCUCUUUCCUCGACCCGCUCCUCCUACAAUUCCGACCUCUUCCGCACCCUCAAUACUCUCACCCCGUCACUCACCACAUCGCCAAAGCACAACAGUACUCGUGCAAAGCCAAAGUUAGAUAAGAUCGUUUAUCUGCUCUCUGAAUCGUCUGUACUGCUGGCCGAAUCCUACCACAUACCGAUUUCCUCGUCUUGUUCCUCGAAUCUUCGAACACCUUCCGUGACUCAUAGCAAGCCCUCCACUUCGAACGAGCUCUGGGACCCACGACUUGUCGACGAAUUCGCUCCCAAAGCCGCGCUACGUUGCUACAACCUGCAGAAGAACGGGAUAUUGUCAAUCAGGAAGCCGAGAUUGCUGAGUUGUUCAUUGGACGCUACCCGCAACCUGGGCCGGCUGCUGGUACUUGGUUCUUCAUCUCGCCCAAUCAGGCAUUGA